AUGAAUGCACACCAUCCAACGUGGGGAGGCACAGGGACCAAAGCUGGCAGGGAAGCUGAGCAACUUCUCGAAAUCACCAAUGAAUGGGGGCUGGAAGUAACGACUGAAGAAGGCAAACCGACCUGGACCCGGAAUGAUCAGUCGUCGGUGAUUGAUCUUACCUUUGUCUCUUCAAGUCUCGUGGGUAGGCUCAUCCAAUGCGAGAGGGCAGACGACAUCGAACACGCUUCCGAUCACUUUCCGAUUCGAUCCGUGUUUGACAUGGAGACUCCAGCCGCAUUACAACAGAAGCGAAGAAAUUGGAACGCAACUGACAACAAGAGACUCGUCCAGAAAAUAGAAGCAAGCCUGCAUGCGGGGAAUCUAUCCCAGGCAGACACACAGCAAAUAGAGACUGAAUGCGAAGAACUACUGAAGACUGUUCAAUCAGCAGUUGAAGAUUCCACACCAUGGGCAAAACCAUCAGCGUGGUCGAACUCCGACUUCAACGAUGAAUGCAAGGCCGCAGUGAAAGAGGUCCGUCGUCUCCGCCGCAGACACACGAGAACGAAGGAUUCCUACGACUGGAUGCUUUACUCCAAAGCACGUAACAGAAAUUCACAUUUGAUCAAAAAGACCCUGUCACGAGCGCACCGACGCCGUGUCCAGCAGGUUAUCGAAGAUUGGCCGCAAGGCAUGUGGCGACUAGCGAAAUGGGCAAGGAAUCGAGAUGGAGCGUACGAGAAAGGGAUCACACCCGCGCUCAAAAUCCAAAACCCUCAAACACCGGGCGCUUUCGCAGAAACAAUUGAGCAAAAAGCAGAAGCCUUCCGGGCAGCAUUCUUCCCGCAACCACCACCGGCUGACCUCUCCGACACAGAAUCAUUCCAAUACCCGCAUCCAAUUAAUUUUCCACCAGUGACGGCGCAAGAGAUAGAGGAAGCAGUGAGAGGAGCGAAAGCAGGGAAAGCGCCAGGAGAAGACGGUAUACCGAACUCUCUAUGGCACAAACUCAUCGAGAUACCGAUAAUCUUGGACGUGCUUGUUCAACUAUUCAACGCAUGCAUGCGUAUCGGGCACAAUCCAUCACAUUUCCAGCGCUCGAUCACGGUCGUUCUCCGAAAACAAGGGAAAAGUGACUAUCAACUUGCCAAAUCCUACAGGCCGGUCGCAUUACUAAACACACUCGGGAAAUUCUUGGAGUCAGUCGUUGCACGAAGGAUCAGUUAUGCGGUGGAGAGGGAAGGAUUGCUCCCCCGAACCCAUCUGGGUGGCCGGAGGGGCAUAUCCACUGACCAUGCUAUCCCCAUCGUCAUCGAUCGAAUCAAAACAUCAUGGGGCAAGGGUAAGCCAGUAGUGUCCCUGUUGAUGCUAGACGUCUCCGGGGCAUACGAUAAUGUUUCCCACGCUCGCCUACUCCAUAAUCUCAAGAAACGACGCCUGGGACACUUUGUUCCCUGGGUGAAGGCUUUCUUGACGAACCGAAGCACAAGAAUUUGCAUGCCCGAGGGCUUGUCCGAUACGAUCCCAACACCGACGGGCAUCCCGCAAGGAUCGCCGAUAUCACCAAUUCUCUAUUUGAUCUACAAUGCAGACCUCAUUGAGGACUGCGGGGCAGGUAUCACUAGCAGUGGUUGGGUAGAUGAUCUUUGCUUCAUGGCCAAAGGGGACAGCGAACGCGAGACGAUCGGGAAGCUCAAGACCGCAUGUCGUAAAGCCGACCAGUGGGCCGGGAGACAUGCGUCAGUCUUCGACCCGAAAAAGUACGCUCUCAUCCACUUUGUGAACACCAAAGAGGUCGACCCACAAUACCUUCCAUUACGUCUACGAGAACACACCGUACCAGCGACCAAGACAGCCGAGCGAUACCUAGGCUACUGGCUAGAUCCAGGUCUGGAAUUCCAUCAUCAUCGUGAGAAAGCCGUGGCCAAAGCUAGCGUCUCUCUCAGAGCACUUAGGAGCCUGGCAGGUUCAACGUGGGGAGCCUCGUUAUAUGCCAUGCGCAGAAUCUAUCAAGCAGUGAUCAUACCGCAGAUGCUCUUUGGUGUCUCUGCGUGGUAUCAGCAUAUGCUCAUUAGCAAGUCCAAAGCCAAGGCAAUCUGUCGGCCUUUUGUGGCCAUUCAAAAACAAGCAGCAUGUCUCAUUAGUGGGGCGUUCAGAACCACCUCAGCGGAGUCACUGAACACGGAGCUUUACCUACCACCCAUCUUGAUCCACAUGAAUCGACUGGUGAAAGAAACGGCUCUUCGAUUACGAACAGGACCAGAACUCGGUAUACCAUCAACGAUGGUACGCCGCCGACCGAUGCACGAAAAAGACUGGUCUGGAUGGACACCGAUGGAGGCGCAAGCCUGGAAAACGGGCGGAUGCCUGACGGCUCUCCCGCACACUUUGGCAAGACAAUGGGAGAAUCGAAAGGCAUUCGUCCUAGCACCAUGGCAAGCGCCACCGGAGGUGAACAUCGAGGACAGAGAAACCGCAGGAGCAUUUCAUGAGCAGAUUGUGGUGAUAGCAUCGAACGAACGACCCUUGAUAGCAUAUACCGAUGGAAGCGGAAUCGAAGGAAGAGUGGGAGCAGCGGCAGUGAUUGAUCUUGAAGACCAUGUUGCCUACAGUCAGAUGGGCGACGAUAACACAACGACUGUGUACGCGGCAGAGCUACGCGCUAUUGAGAUGGCACUGGACUCGGUCCUUAACAGCACCGAACCCUGGAUUGCACAAGCAAAGAAUGGGCUAGUCAUCUUUGCGGACAGCCAAGCGGCGCUGAGAGCGCUCCGCCGACCUCGUAUGCCUUCAGGUCAGAUUUACCUGAUAGGAUGCCUGGAACUCAUACACCGGCUGGCGGAGAGAGGAAUCAAAACCGAACUCAGGUGGAUCCCAGCGCACCAAGGAGUGCUGAGCAACGAGAUCGUGGACCAGCACGCAAAAGAAGCGGCCCAGAAACCCGACGACGCACAAAAUCCUCAUAAUCGAUACAUUCGCCUUGCUGCCGCGACGAAGCGUCGAUUUCGCCAAGAGGCAAAGAUCGAGUGGGAAACAGCAUGGGCAUUAGAGAAAACCGGUCGACCAACCAGAAGGUUGAUUGAGACACCGAGCAGGAAAACCCUGGAAUACUGGUCGGGAUUACGCAAAGCAACUGCAUCAGGAUGGAUGCAGUUGCGGACCGGACGCAUCGAACUAAAUGCUUAUCUGGCUCGCAUCAAUCGGCGAGAGACCGCACGAUGCGAUUGCGACUUGGGCAACCAAACGGUGACACACGUCCUACUUGAGUGCCCGUUGCAUCAAGAGGAGCGCAACGAGAUGCGCGAGGCCCUGUCUGAGCAAGGCAUCACGCUCCGCCACGAAGAAUUGUUGACGCGCCUGGAGGCGCGCACAAUCGUGGCCAAGUACAUGAUCAGAACCGGUCUCGAGGUUAGGAAGGGUCAGAUAGCGGGAAAGCAAAACCGAAAUUGA